AUGUCGGAGUCAAAAGUACCCGGGGUCGAAGUACCCGACGCUGAAGUAAAUGUAGGCGAAACGGCGUAUCUUGACUCGGAAGCGGAAAGAUCGUACGUCAGAAAAGUCGAUUUUAUUGUGCUUCCAGUUCUUUGCCUGAGUAAUUUGGCAAAUGCGAAAACAGAUGGACUUGACACAGAUUUGCACCUCAAGGGAAAUGAUUACUCACUCUUGAUUCUUCUGUUUUAUAUUCCGUUUGGCCUGUUCGAUUUACCAUGGAACCUUUUGAUCAAACGGUUUUCAGGCAGAUGGAUGCUUUCUUUCAUGUCAAUUGUCUGGGGAGUUCUGGCUCUUUGCCAGUGCGCCGCCAAGGACUUUGGCUCCUUACUAGCGAUCAGAAUCAUCUUAGGGGUUUUUGAGGCUGGAUUCUUUGCUGGAGCCACCUUUUACCUCACGCUAUUCUAUACACGCGGGAAAAUGGGCUUCCGACUGGCAAUUAUACAGUCAUUUGCGGUUUUGGCCUCGGCCUUCAGCGGGCUGAUAUCUUUUGGUGUAUUCCAAAUCAACGAUCCAGCAGUCAAAGGAUGGCAAUGGCUAUUUAUUAUUGAAGGUUCAAUGACAUUAAUCACUGGUAUUGUUGGAUUCUUUCUUUUGCCCCAUAGCGCACCAACAGCGUGGUUCCUGAGCGACAGGGAAAAAGCGGCAGCUACAGCGCGUCUUCUUCGGGACACUUCUUCUGAGGUCGAUACUGGGUUUGAUCUCAAGGCGUGCUUUGAAACUUGGAGUGAUUGGAAGUUCCCAGUUUGGUGUUUGAUCACCUUCACUUACCCGGUUGCAUAUGCUACUGCGAUGAAUUUCUUCCCAAUGAUUGUUCAAAGACUGGGAUACUCGGUUGUGAAGACCAACCUUUGGACUGUCGCCCCGAACCUUGUUGGUGCGGUAUUUCUGUUAUGUGUGGCUAAGUCUUCUGAUUAUCACCGCGAGAGAACAUUUCAUAUCGUUUUUUCUCUCGCCAUUUCGUUAAUUGGGAUGAUUAUACUGGCAACUAUCGACGUGGAGAGGAACAAAGCCGUCGCAUAUUUUGCUUGUUUCCUCAUGGCAGCAGUUCACGCAUGGCACAACAACAACAACAUGAAUGAGAAUUCACGAGCAGCGAACACAGGAUUUUUCGUGGGACUUGGAAAUUUAGCAGGGGUUGUGAGCGCCGCAACCUUUCGUACUCAAUAUGCUCCGAAAUAUCUUCCAACUCUCAUUGCAACGUGCUGUUGUAAUGUGGUCUGCAUUGUUCUGGUAUCCGGACUGGGCGGUUGGAUGCGAUUGGAGAAUCAUCGUCGAGAUCGCAAGCAGGGCCAAGCUUUGAGGGAAAAUGAAACUGAUACCAGUCGCUUUAAAGAGGGCGAGGACAGCCCUGCAUGGAGGUACUUUCCUUGA